UUAUGACAUAUCACUGGAAUAAUAACAAAAAUAUAACCUAGUCAUACAGAUACAAUUAUGAAAUAAAGAAAAAUCGUAUAAAUCUAUACUUAUUUAUUAAUAAAAUGCGCCUUAUACAAUUAUUUAAUCGUCUAAGAGUAACCUCCAAUAUACGAACUCGUUAUUACUCGGAGCAAUAUGAACCUAAAGCUCUCCGCAGUUUGAAACCAAAGUCUAUUCGAAACAAUGUUCAGUAUUACGUAGAUUCUUGUAGAGUACGAACUGUUGCUGGUAAUGGUGGAGAAGGAUGUAUAUCGUUCUUGAGUGCGUGGUGCAAGGAGCACGCGGGACCCGACGGCGGUGAUGGAGGUCACGGUGGACAUGUUAUAUUUCAAGCAUGCCACUCCAAGAAGAGUCUCAAUCACUGCACAUCCGUGAUAUCAGCUAAGCAUGGAGAGAAGGGCUACAACAAGGAAUGCCAUGGUAAAAAUGCUGAGCAUGUCAUAGUUCCUGUACCUCUCGGUACGAUAGUCCGAGACAACAGGGGCCGCGUCGUAGGGGACCUGAGUCAUGAGGGCGCCAUGUUUGUAGCGGCGCGGGGAGGUGCCGGGGGGCGGGGCAACAAGUUCUUCCUGACAGCCACCGAGCAGGCCCCGGGCGUGGCCGAGCUUGGGGCCCGCGGGGAGUCGGCCUCGUACUGGCUGGAGGUUCGCUCCAUGGCCCACCUGGGGCUGCUGGGGUUCCCCAACGCCGGCAAGAGCUCCCUGCUCCGCGCCGUGAGUCGCGCGCGGCCUGCCGUGGCGCCUCAUCCCUUCACCACGCUGCACCCCCACAUCGGUAUGGUCCCUUACGAUGACCACGAGCAGGUGGCCAUAGCAGAUCUGCCCGGGCUCAUCCCUGGCUCCCACCAGAACCGUGGACUCGGUAUCCAGUUCCUGCAGCACGUGGAACGCUGCAAGGGUCUGAUCUUCUUGCUGGACGGCUCCAAUGAUCCCCUACACCAGUACGAGGUGCUGAUGGAGGAGCUGUCUCAGUACAACGCGAGCUUGACGGAGCGGCCGCGCUGCGUGGCCGUGAACAAGGUGGACCUGCCGGAAGUGGCGGAGAGCCUUCCCAGCAUCAGGCGGCGGCUGGAGGUGAUCGGCAUCUCCGCCAAGACCGGCCGCAACAUUGAACAGUUCCUGAGGAUCGUGCGGCACAUGUACGACAGCGAUACGAAAUAAAGUUAUAUAAGUA